AAAUCAAGUUAUUAUUGAAGCAAAUCGAUGGAUAAAUAAAGAAGUAAUGUGGUAAAAUGAAAAUGCGCAAAGAUUUUUUGUAUAAGAAAUCAACAGGAAAUAUUGUUACUCAUACACCAUGUACAAUUAACAAGCACGCUUUUAUGCUUUUUUAUUUAUCCAUCGAUUUUCUUCGCUAAGAACUAAGGGUGGUUAAUGACGCAAUUUUUCCUGUGUUUAUAUGUUAGCGCAAGCGCAGCAGUAUGUAUCAGCACAAUGCGCUAGCGCGAUUUGCGUUAUACGUGACGGAGUGGCAUCCAUCGCAACAAAGCAAAAAAACAGAUGGCAUCUUUAUCAGCGAAUAUAAUUUUUACACGCAUUUUUAAUUGUUACGCGCUAACUACUAAUCGUUUGGGUCUGCCUGGUGGAUAAAAAGUGUUUGACUUUCGCAAUGACUUCAAGAAGGAAAAGCGAUGUGUGGUUGCAUUUUUCCGAAGAACAGCAAAAAAAAGUAAAGUGCUUGCUGUGCGGCCAGCAUUUAUCUGUGACCAACAAAUCGACGUGCGGCCUAAUUCGCCACCUAAAUAAAAAGCAUCGUACACAGAGAAUAUCAAGACAUCCAGCCGAGGAAUCGGAUAAUAAUAACAAUGAGUUGCAAUCUGCUGCAACAACUACACGUGUAUCCUGCAACAUUUCGCCACCUGCAAAUUCCACACCGCCACUUGAACUUUCAACGCAUACUGCCACUUCUAUACCGCCACCUGCUACUUCUGCACCUCCACUUGAAUCUUCUGCGUCACGUACCGCCACUUCUACGCCGCGACCUACAGUCAUAUCGGGAUACUUUCAUAGGCCACUGUUGAAUAAAAACAAGAGUGAAAUUGAUCAACAAUUAGUUAAAAUGAUUGUUAUCUAAUAUCACCCAUUCAGUAUAGUCGAAGACGUCCAGUUUCGGAAACUUAUUCAUCUACUUAACCCUAAUUAUAGCGUUCCGACUAGGAAGACUAUUUCAAGUUCACUUAUACCUGCGAUUUAUUAUAAAACAUUUGAAAUAGUAAAAUGCCGGUUAAAAAGAGCACACGCUGUAUGUCUGACUGUUGACAGCUGGACUUCGCGAGCGCAAGACAGUUUCUUUAGCGUGACGGCACAUUACAUCUAGACUGAUACUUUUAAUAAAUGUUUGUUAUGUACCUAUGUUCAGUUUGUCAUGGUAAAG